GGGAAAGGCUCUAGGGCGGCAGAUAAGGCUGUUGCCAUGGUGAUGAAGGAGAUACCGAGGGAGGAGCCUGCCGAGGAAAAGCCCCUCCUUACUAUGAAAUCACAGGUGGGCAGAAUGCUGGUGAAUGAGCAACAAGAAAGCAGACCCCUCCUGAGCCCCUCCAUCGAUGACUUUCUUUGCGAAACCAAAUCAGAAGCCAUUGCAAGGCCUGUGACGUCAAAUACAGCAGUUUUGUCAACAGGGUUGGAUCUCUUGGACCUGAGCGAACCAGUCUCCCAAACCCAAAACAAAGUGAAAAAGUUGGAGAUUUCCUCAAGAGGGGAAAGCUUGAAGGCUUCAACUCACAGGAAAAAGGCAGACAAUCCAGACCUUAUCAGUGUGGAUGCUGAGCAGAAAAUCCAGCCUGCCAGAGCUCCCGAGAAGUCAUCAUUGGAUUUAGUCAAUGUCCAGGCGCAGCUAGAGAAAUGGGAUGAUGUGAAGUUUCAUGGAGACAGAGCCAGCAAAGGCUUCCCAGCACCUGAGAGAAAACCUUCAUCUACUAGAGCUCCAUCAAAAGAAUUUCUAUGGUCUGCAGAGAACAGGUCCCAGUCAGAGCUGGCCACUGUCAAGACUGCACUGGAAUCUGACUCAGCCUCGGAUAUAGAGUUAGCGCCUGCUCCUGCUCCUGCACCAAAGGCACGAUCAACCAAAGAGCAACGUUGGGGAGGUGCUCUCCUCUCACGAAAUCAUUCUAUGGAGGAGGAAUUUGAAAGAGCGAAAGCAGCUGUCGAGUCAGACACAGAGUUUUGGGAUAAGAUGCAAGCAGAGUGGGAAGAAAUGGCUCGCAGAAAUUGGAUCUCGGACAGCCAAGAAGCACAAGGCCAAGCGGCCGUCUCCAUUAAUGAGAAGGGCUAUUAUUUUCAUACAGAGAACCCCUUCAAAGACUGGCCUGGCGCUUUUGAGGAAGGCCUCAAGAAGCUGAGGGAUGGGGACUUGCCCCUGGCCAUUUUAUACCUGGAAGCUGCUAUUCUCCAAGAUCCUCAUGACUCCGAGGCCUGGCAGUACCUUGGGACAACACAAGCUGAGAAUGAAAAUGAACAGGGAGCAAUUGUUGCACUCCAAAGGUGCCUAGAGCUCCAGCCAAACAACUUGAAAGCCUUGAUGGCCUUAGCUGUGAGCUUUACAAACACCAGCCAUCAGCAGGAGGCUUAUGAAGCGCUAAGAAACUGGAUCAAGCAGAAUCCUAAAUACAAGUACAUAGUCAGGAGUAAAAAAGGAUCCCCGGCACUUACCAGGAGAAUGUCCAAGGCAGCAGAAGAAAGUUCACUGCUGGAAGAGGUGAAGGAGCUAUACCUGGAGGGAGCCCAUCAGAACGGGGAGAUGAUAGACCCGGAUUUACAAACAGGACUUGGCGUGCUCUUCCACCUGAAUGGAGAAUUCAACAGAGCAAUAGAUGCGUUCAGCGCUGCCCUCACAGUUCGGCCUGAGGAUUAUUCAUUGUGGAACCGUCUCGGUGCAACCUUAGCAAAUGGAGAUCGGAGUGAGGAAGCCGUAGAAGCUUACACGAGAGCACUGGAAAUCCAGCCUGGCUUCAUCAGGUCCAGGUACAAUUUAGGAAUAAGCUGCAUCAACCUUGGAGCAUACAGAGAGGCAGUCAGCAAUUUCCUCACAGCUCUCAAUUUGCAACGAAAGAGCCGCAAUCAGCAGCAGGUUCCUCACCCUGCAAUUUCAGGUAAUAUCUGGGCAGCUCUCAGGAUUGCUUUGUCUAUGAUGGACCAGCCAGAACUUUUCCAGGCCGCUAAUGUGGGCGAUCUGGAUGUCCUACUAAAAGCUUUCAACAUCGAACCCUGAUGCACACAGGGAGAGAGAGAGAGACUCAUAGAGAGAGACACUUACCAAGCCCUCAAAAGAAAAAAGAAAGCCCAACCCAUCUAGUUCUAUACAGAAAUAGGAAUAUCUUUGAAUUCCCUGCUUGGACUGAGAAAGACGACGAGGACACUUUGCAGCUGAAAGGUUUCUACGGGAUUCCACCAGAUCUCCAGAAAAGUAAAAGCACAAAACCUUGUAAAUAUCACCUUGCUCAAGUCCAGCGAUGGAUUCAUGGGAACAGCAGCUAUUAUGGUGCAUAGGGGAACUGGGCAAAACAACUUCACCUGGAUAUUCCUUACGACAUGUACCUGUACAAAGAAAAUGGGUUUUGAAUAUCAUGCUACCACGUGCAUAAGAGCACAGAAAGGUGUUGGGUAGCGUUUCCUAAGGAGCUCCUUUGCCCCUCAAAUACAGCAGCAGAGGGGAGGAUGGAUGGCUUCUCACUUCCAUCUUCCACGGUUCAUUUCCCACAUCUGCAGCCAUCCAUAUCUACACGUUGGAGGAGCUGCGUUUCCCCCACCGUUGGCAACCAUCUACGGCUGAAACGUUAAUUGGAUUUUGAUUCUGGAGUCUGGAUCCCAUGAAGCCCUCCAAAGCAGAGAUCUCAUAAGAUCCAAGAAGUCUACGCAUGGAGAAUUUGAAGGUUGAAUCAUAUGCUGUAGGGGAUGGGUUGUGCAAACAGAGGGCCAUUUCUAAUGCUGUAGCCACUGCUGGUGCAGCGGAUUUCUGUAUGUGCAGCAGAACUUCCUCCCCCUCUCCUGUUCUCUCCAGCUUCCUGGGUGCCCUCAAAACCAGCUCCAGAUGGCUUUGGGAACCCUCUGUAGCAGAUGUUGAGGGUACAUGGGGAAAGGAGAGGAAACGGAAGUUCCGUUACACCAGUGGAACGGUUCUGGUGCAGCAUUAAAUACAGCUGCUAAGUUGCAAUUUGCACUAGAGGGUUUUUUUUGGGGGGGGUAUGCAUGGGUAGGGCUGGCCCCAACUUUUUGGGUACCCUGAAUGGGUACCUGGAUGCACCUCGAACCCCUUCCUGAAUCCACAAAUUGUCUCUCAAAACCCCAUGCCCCUUUUCCUUAGAGAGGUAAGCCUGUUGCUAAGAAUGUAAUCUACCAAUGUCUGUUUUCAGUGAUUCUGCAGGGAUGUUGCGGUUGAAAUCGUGAGCUGUUACCUAGCAGUGCAGGAAUGUACCUGAAAUCACUUCCCAAGCAUUUAGGGAGUGUUUUGUGCAGUUGCUAGGUAGCUGCCACACAGGUUUCCUUCCCCUCCAUCAAGCAAGCGAACACCAUUGGUGGGUGAUAGCAGAAUGUUCAGCAGCUGGCUUGCCCAGUGCUCUGAUCAGAUGUCCACUGUGGCCACGGAGUGUUGUUUUGAGCAGCGCUCACAACAGGACCAGGAUCAAUGGGUUCAUAUGCACUUUAAUCUAGCUUUUUGUUUUUUAUUUGUAAAGGGGGGGCAGGGAAGCAAAAAUAUAAUAUACUUUUUACAGAUUUGGAGAGAAAGAUGCAGAUUCAACCAUGUUGGCAAAGGACCAAUAAGGAACUUGACACAAGGCCCAGCUUUCCUUCCAGGCUGUUUGAAAAAUGCAAAUAGGAGCCAUAAAUUACAGUCAAGAAAUGGGAGAUGAUAUAGCACGGGUGUUAAUGGGAGGCAAAUGUCAGCAAUCGAAGGACAGACAUCUGUUCCCUCGCCCUUUUGGAAGAAAACGAGCAGAUGGGCUUGCAGCCCCUGGUCUAGCAAAAGUGCUUCAGCUGAUGCUGAACUAUUUUGAGAUGGGAUGGCAAAAUUCUCCACUCUCCUUGACGCUACAUGAUCAGCCAAGGUCACCAGGAAGUGAGUGAGCCCCAUUUAAAUGAAUGGGAGUCACACUCGAGCAGAGGAGGCACUUGAGUUCAGUGGGGCUCACGCAGGAGAAAUGUCCUGGUCCAUUGGGUCCCAAGGAAAUAAAGUGCCCUUUAAUUCCAGUUGAUUUCAGAAGUAGACAAAAUGCUAGA